AUGUCGUUUUAUAAUGUCCAACACAGUCAAUACAAUAAUCAUAAUGAUAUAGAUGGGUUAUUUCUAAAUUCACUUUCAUUGGAUGAUAAAAGCAAUCAUCUGAAUCUAUUUGCUACCCGCCACUCGCCAACUGACUUCCAGCAAUCAUACAAUCAGUACGAGAAUUACAGUGAUGACCAAAUGGAUAUAGACGUUGAUGAAGAUAUACCAGUUGAGGAAGAUAGUAACGGACACCCAACUGCUGAUACCGUUGAGUUUGAUGAACCUAUAGAUUCAACAACCACAACAAAUCAUGGUGAAAUCGAAGUUGAAGAAGAUCCAAAAGAAGAGGAAGAAGAUUCAAGUUUUAUUUCCAAUAUGUUCUCACCCACAAUGCUAGGUGCCAAGCUUGCAAUAAAUCGACCUCGAUUACUUCUAAUGCCACCUCCACUGACCAAUAAAUCGACACCACCAGCUGACCAUAUAGAUCACGAAUAUGAUACAAGUUUAUACAAACCAAUAAAACCCAAUCAAGAUAACGAGAUGAGAAAUAGAUGGAGAAAUGAUAGAAAUAUGAGUCUGUUCUCUCCCGUGUCUGAUAUUAACUCAUUCUUGGCUCGAGAGGGUCAGCAAGUUCCCAAAGAACAACAAUAUGACCAGAUGUAUGGGGGGAACGGGAGAUUUUAUGCGAAUAACAUGAAUCUGUCAUAUAUGAUGAGGAAAUCUUUUGGGUUACAGAAUGCUCCUGUCACUAUUCAUCAUCAUCAUCAUUAUUAUGGGAAUGGCUCUAGUGAUAGUAUAAAACUAAAUGAUACUUCCCUGAACCUGCAAGAUAUUGUCCCUACUCAAAAAGAACAACAACUAGAGAAAUAUCAACAUCCAUAUCAAGGCAAAAAGUCACCCCAAAAGCUAAUCCUUCCAGUCCCGUGGAAAUCAAAUAUAACUCCCCUGGAAAAAGUUCCUUAUGUCCUAUCGUCAUAUCUCCAAAUCUUUAUCAACUUCACAGCAACCCUAUAUUCAUUUUACUUAAUCUCCGGAAUAAUAUCCUCAAUUAAACACGAUAUAUCCUACAAACUAGCCCAACAAUCCACUCACAUCCUCACCUCCAUCGAAACCUGUCGUCGAGCCUAUCACGAAAAUAAAUGUCAUCCAGAUACAAUUGUUCCAUUAUUAGAAACGAAAUGUGCAUAUUUCGAAAGAUGUAUGCAACAGGAUCCAUUCAAUGGAGGCGGCAAUAUGGCGAAGAUAAGUGCGGAGACUAUUGGGGUUUUGGUUAAUUCGUUGAUUGAACCUUUGGGUUGGAAGUUUUUCAUGUUUGUCUUAAUGUUUGUGGUGACGGUGUUUGCGUGUAAUUUUUCUUUUGGAUAUAUUCGGGCAAAGAGUUAUUAUGGGUGGACAGGACAAGAGAAGAAACCACAUCUGGAUGAUGAUAUGAUUAUUGAUUAG